CUUUCGAUAAUCGUUCCCUGAAGACGUGACUUUCAGCGGAUCGUGAAGAGACCUGAGGACUGGCACAAUACUUGAAUGGUUCGUGUUGUCCCUCGUACUCCAACGUAACCGAUGAUUGAGGGGUAGACAAAUGAAUUUGUGCUCGGAAACCUUCACUUUAAUGACUGGCCUUUUCCUUAUUAGCCAAGCCUUGGAUUUGAGAUUCUUUGGAGUCAGAAUGGUUUGCAUUGCAUAAAUAUAUCAGAAGGCUUCUAUAACAGGAAACGAUCAGCGCCCUAUGGUGAGUCGAUUUUUAAUAGUCAUUUAUAUAAAAAUAUGAAAUUCGCUUGUUGCCGAUCUUACAUCCACCGAGUUAAGGAGCUUGUUGUAUCUACAGCUUUACAACUUGCCUUCGAUUAUGAAGAGCGUCUCCCGUCAUCUGCAUGAAAUUUUCUCACUUCGCUAUCCGGUAAUAUUUCGGUAGAUUUUUUUUGUAAUCAUGAACGGGCCUCUUAAUAUUAACACGGUUUCUACACUUUGGGCCGGUAUUCGACACAAUCAUGCACGGGCCUCUUAUUAUGAACACGGUUUCUGCACAUUGAGCCGGUUUUUACCCUAAGUUUAGCCGUUGUUCAACAAAACCGCGUUCUUAGCCAACGAACCUUUUAUCUGAAUAUUUAAUUUGUGAACAGUGUCAGGAAAGCUGAAAGCUAAUCGUGGAGAGACAUUCCUACGAUUAAUCUCAGAGGUCCACUGCUUGCAUAAAUCCAUGAUUUGGGUUCGGACCCGGUGAAACCAUGGAGGCAUGAUUCUCAUACAAGGUACAAAGUUUUUAAAAACGAAAAGGGCUCGGAUGAGCUUCGCAAGGUUUCCAUUCCACUGGGAAAAGUGGUCUCAUGCCGAUAUUGAAAGUCGAUAUUAGAUGCGUAAAUUCGCUUUGUCAUAUUGACUGAAUGCAAAUUUUAAGUCACGUAAUGAUUCACCUUGAAACAGCCGAAUGGCAGCCGGCAUAUUUCAUAGAAUACUCCAAGAUCAUGCCAUUUUGGUAAAAUUUCCGCACAGCCCCAUACUACAUUAUGCAUUCAGUUCUUGGACAGCCCAAUACAAAAACAACAUUAUUGGGCAUUUUGUUUUCUUGGAUAGAGAAAAAACAAUGACAAAAACAAAAUGUUUGAUUGCCAAAUUGGGAAAACAGAUUUUGAUCUGAAAUGGGUAAACAACAGUUGUGGCCAUUAUAAAUUGACUGCAAAGCGUAGAAAUUAUUCGACUAUCGCUACGCCUCUUAAACGCCAUGAUAUUUCCAUAAAUUCGAAUUUGAAUGUUCUAACCCCAAACCCUUAAGCUUCAGAAGUUAAACAUCCAUGUUAUGUUUCUUCAACUGCUAAUCGCAUGAAUAUGUCCUAUUCUCCAGGAGUAAGUGGUCAGUGAAAUAAUUUUGUCUCGUCUCGUCUCGAUUUCUUGAUGCGAUUGUGGUCUUUCAGUUUCUUUUAAAACAGAUAUGGAAUUUCAGAAUAAACAAAGAUCAAUAAAAUCUUGAGAGUAACAUCUAGUACCAAAGUGUAUUCUGAACAUUUCAAAGACGAAGAUGUUAAGUUUACAGACAGCCAAACUAGGAGAUUGAAAGAUGACUCAUGUCUUUUGUUUUAUGGUCAUCAGUAGGCUAUUUCCAAAAGAAAUAGUAUUUCGUUUCCAGCAUGAUAAUGUUAGGCAUGGAUGUCAUAUGGUUGGAAAGUUAAGGGAAAAAUGAUUUACUUCAAUGCCUUGGAAAACUCAGGGAAUUUUACUUUGAGCUAGGGAAAAUUGACAUCAUUAAAAGAAUCCAGGGAAAGUGAAAUUUCCCCCUGGCUCAUUCUAAAACUUCAUAACUGCUAUAGACUAAGAUAUAAAUAAAACACUUUCAAAGUGAUUAUUGAUUGUUGCAAAACAUUUAUGCCAGCAGUUUUGACAGUGGUAAUGUCAUAACUUCUAGAGGUCUUUCGUCUCCCUCUUGCCCUUCAACCUUCUGGUGUCUGCCUCAAUGCCAUAAAACAUUUGUUCACACCCUCUCUCCUGAGUGUGUGUCUUAACCAGUUCCACCUUCCUCUUCACACUUCACAGCUAAUUUCAUUGAUCUCUGCCAUUUCAGUUACUCUCUUGUUUGUCUUUCUUUGCCGCCAUCUAAUCCUUAGUAUCUGUCUUGGGCAUUGGCCUUGGCCUUGGAAACUGUUCAGCUUUCUUUCAUCAGUCUUUGUGAUUUUCAAUGUUUCACAACCAUGUAGCAGGACUGGUCAGACUAAAGUCUUGAAUAGGCAUAUCUUGGUUCUCCUUCCAGUUCCUCUGGUUACCCACACCUCCUAUAGCCUCUGGAAUGCACCUCAUGCCUUCUGCAGCCUGUUCCUAAUAUCUUUCCUGCCUCCACCUUCCCAGUCUACAGUAGCUCCAAGAUAUGCAGACUCCUUAACAUCUUCCUCUUCUUCACUAUUCAUCAAAAUGCUCUCCCUGUUCCUAGCAAACUUAGUCCUAAGUGUCUUGCACUUUCUUGUAUUAAGUUUAAGGCCUAUGCUGGCUGCUUCCUCCAUCAAUCUCUCAGUCUUCUCACACAAGUCAUUAAACUUAGAUGAAAGUAGUGUGAUGUCGUCUGCAAAAUCAAGAUCCUCAAACGCUGUUGUUAAAUUCCACUGUAUCCCUCUUCUCUUGUCUGCUGUUGUCUUCCUCAUGAUCCAAUUCAUGGCCAGUAAUAAUAAGAAUCCUGAAAUUACACAUCCCUGCUUUACUCCCGACUUAAUCUUGAACCAGUCUGAUAUAUGUAUAUGUCGACUAUCACUCUCACCAUCUCAUGCAGAAUUCCACAGCUCCCCAGGAUGUUCCACAAGCUAUCUCUUGACUAUUGAAAGAGCAAGUUGUCAACCACUUAGUUUGUUCCCAAUAAGAAAACUGACUUUUGGUGACUGAUUUAAAAUGUUUAAGUUAACUUAGUUGGCUAUAGAUUGCUCUGCUUGCCUCAAAAAUCACAUGCCAUAUUUCCUCAAAUAAGCAUCCACACUCUAAUAAGCACCCUCCCCUUAAUAAGCACCCAUUGUCUAGGUCAGAAUAUUGAAUUGAGGGCCACUCUCAAGUAAGUGCUGCCUGCCCCCCCUCUCUCUUUCCUCAAUAUGAGGUACACAAGGAAACCUGUUUCUAUCACCACUUAAUUGAAACAUUUCAAGCUUCAUUUACAACAGAAUAAGUUCAAUUUAAUAAUUGCUCAAUAAGCACCCUCUCCAUUUAGCAGCCUCCCUCCAGUAAGCACCUCCCUCCAGUAAGCACCCCCCUUCAGUAAGCACCCCCCUUCAAUAAGCACCCUCCCUCCAAUAAGGAGCUUCCCAUCAAUAGGCACCCUCCCUCCAAUAUGCUCUCCUCCUCUUAUCCAAAAUUUUAGAUAAGUGCUUGGGCACUCUUACAAGAAAAUAGAGUUAUCUUAAAACUCCAAACAAAUAUGCUUCCUGUCAUCUUUUUACUUGGUUUAUCUAUAACAGUGACACUAAUCUAUUAAAUGGAAUACAACUUAUAAUUUACACACUAUUUAAUUGAGAUAUAAUAUCAGAAUUUCAUUAUGGAUACAUAUUUUUGCAUUUACUUACCUUUCCAUAACGCUGUUAUGUAUUUAUCAAAGAAUAGUAAAUGAUUCUUAGUUUUAAGGUAUUGUAAUUGUAGUUGUACCUGUUGCUGAAAAGUCCAUCUAGGGGACUGUCGGUAAAGUUCUCUCUUUUCUACUGCUGUAACAUCAGACUAUUGAGCUACUUCAACCUGUUGAUGAAAGAUUGGUUAAGGAAAAACCAAAGAAUUUAUUUCAAUUGGUGCUAGUCUUUUUUCCAAGAUGGAAUGUCAUCUUUAUCAUUUUAUAAAGAGGGAAUUUUAUUGUGGCAGACAGCCCCCAGUCCUUAAAAAAAGGCAUUUCUUCCCAACAAAUAUGGAAAUCAGAAACCUCAUGUGUAAAGCACCUGUGUCUUGCAGACACUUACAAAUUGAUCAGGAAAACUCUUACCUAAAAACCAAGGAGAGGAAAGAAGAAAAUCCCCAGAGGUUUUAAAGGUCUUGCUGCCCAGCUAAUGAUUAUGAGUCAUUCAAGCUGAUUCAGAGACACAUGCAAGAUCCUCCUUAAGGGAAAAUUUCUUGUUGUGGAUGAACUGAGUGACCUGCUCUCAUGGAUUCAUCCCUGACUCGAGACACCAGUGAGUUUAUAUGUAUCAUAACCACUAACUCAAAGUGGGUUUGGCUGAGCAAAGAUUGUGUCCGGGAGUCCUGGAACUGUCAUGGUCAAUAGCAGCUUAUAUAAAAAUGUCAGUGCAAUGGCCAUCAAUCAUGCAUGUCACAUGAUACUUAACAAUUGCACUACGGUUAAUUUUUCAAGGUGAAAGAGUGCAGAAGCAAACCAACUCCUGUGACUGUGGCUUGUUUGCACCAGCAUCUGUGAAAGAUUUUUGUUAUGGCAUUGACCCAACAACCUUGUGAUAUGAAUUGGAAUUAAGGGAUAGCAAUAUAAUAAUAUUAAAAACUUUAUUUUAGUGUCAGAAAAAAUAGAAUUUUUCCAGAUUUAAUUUUCUAAUAGUCCUCCUAGAGCCAGCUAAUGAGUCUGAAUCAAUUCCUUCCCAUGCCCAUACAUGUGAAGAUGCAGCAGUAUGCCUUUUUGUGGAAAUCUAAUACAUUACAAUUCUUUAAAAUCAAUCUUCACAGUUUUUUUAGCCAUGCAUAUAAGUUUUUCUCAGCGUUGUGAAUUGCGAUUAUAUAAACUUAACUACCACGGUUGGGUCGGGUCAUUUGUAUGGAUUUCCAGAGAGAAUAAUUUUUUAGAGGUACCGUUCAUGAACAAGAUCAACCGAAACCCGGACGACAGAAAGCCAACAGAACAAACAUUUGCUGACAUGUCAUAUUCGAAAUAUCGCUAAAUCUAAAAGACAACAAAUUAAUCAGUUUAAAAUUGCCAGAAGCUGGCCGACAUGCUUUUCUUCGUUUACGUUCAACCCGCAUUACCAACAAUCCAAGAAAAGAUGACGGAUAUCCCUCAUUAUGCAAGCUUUUCGGGCCCUUUAAAAAUGGCUCCCGCUUAGUAAGGCUUGUGUGAGAUCAUAACUUUUAAGCUGGGUAACAGCGUUCAUGAUAACUUGGUGAAAAAAAUGGUGUUCAAGCAAUGAUAAUCGAACCUCAAUACAAGCUAAUACACUAACCGUUACCAACAUGUAAGGUAUCUUUCGAGGCUUCAUACGGGAAAAUACAACUCCUGAUAACUACAAUAAUCUCCCAUAUGUUCCCUGUAAAUUUUCAUCAAGUGCCACCACAAAUCCUUCGAUCUCUGCUUGAGUAACCAACGAGUCUAAAAAGUGGUCUUCGCAUUCUCCCUUCGAAGGUUUUCCUCUCGUAAUAGCCUGUUUUUGGAUCAAUUUCCAUAGUUUGGAGCAAGGAAUUUUUCUCCUAAAACUGCCUACUUUUCCUCUAUUAAGUAUGAGCAGGGGAGCCAAAUAUUAAGCUUUAAGUACGACGAAAUUCUCGCACAAAUCCAAGCAAAAGAACACCCAAAAGAAGGAAAUCUGUUCGCCAUUUUGAAAAAUGUAACCAGGCCUGUAAUCAGAGAAGGGAAAAAAAUAAUUUAAAAUAAUAAAUUAAAAAAUAAAAUGAAUAAAUAGACUCAAGAUGGGUAGGGAAGAAGCGGUAAAAGAAUUCAACUUUUAUGUAAUUUGUUGGGAAGUAAAAACGUAUUUGUAACGACAUUUCGUUCCAAAUAUGACAAGUAAGUAAGCUGAAUGCUCCAUAUGGAAAAUAAGAAAACAAAGAAACAUCUUCAUUCACUAUCGGCUGAAGAAAAUCCAUUUAAUUGGGCAUUAUCGUUAUGAACCGUGAACGCUCGACACUACGGCCCACCAUUUUGGAUGCAUCUGAGCAUACGUCAGCGAGAAAAAAGUGCGUUUCAGUAAUCGAGGUGCGAAGAUACAAAGGUGUGGAUCACUGUCUUUGUCGAUUGCUCGGUAAGGAAUUUUCUGAUCUGUCUUAUGUUGUAUAGUUCGCGAAAAGCCCUGCUACAAAUCUUGUCUGUAUGAAAAUUCAUUCGCAUAUGUGCAUCGAACCAGGACCCAAGUCUCCGGACGCUUUUUAAAGGUCUAAUGACGGUGUCACCAAUGGCAAUAUACUCAAUAGAUGUUUUUUACAAAUUGUUGACAGGUGCCAAUGAUUAAGAAUUCAGUUUUCGCGUCAUUUAAUAAUUAAACGAUUCGCAAUGAAGCAAGAGCGAACGUCAACAAUGCACUUCUCAAUUACAGGACAGUUUAAUAUCCGAAUGGAUAGAGGAAGGAAGGUCGGAAAGAGUUGAAUCUGAGUGUUGUCAGCAUACCCAUGGAUGGUAGGGAGGUGUUGAGAAAUAAUGUUUAAGAGGCGCGAGACGUAGCGUUUAAAUAAAAUAGGCCCCAUACAACUGCCCUGGGGGACUCCACAGUUCAGAUUUAAGUCGCCCGAAGUCAUAUCACCGAUAAGUAGUGCGAGUUUUGGUCUUGUAAACUUCGCACUCCUUCACGGAGACUUAUGUCAACAUUAGGGUCGUACGGUAAGCCGCCAGCAAAUAAUUUGAUAAAACCUCUGACGUUCAUUAAAAGAGACGCUUCGCGUGAAAGUAGUGGUUUUACAGUCACGUUUUGCUCAGUUAGCUUCUACAAGUCCUUUUUCGGCAGUCAGAUAUGGGUUCAAUUAAGGGGGAAACAUGUUCUUCGCAAUUAUUGAAAUGUUGGGCGAACCACGCAUCCUGUACUCUCUCUGCAAGCUAUUUUCCGAGCUUUGCUUUGUUUUUUUCCUCACUUUGUAUAGGUAAUCACAUGAUUUCGACUGCAAUUUGGAUUAAAUAAGCACGAGUAAUUUUUUUUAAAGACUACCAAAAUGUGUGGUCUUUGAAAAAAUUAACAAGUGCUUAUGUAUUCUAAAUUGCACGAGAAAAAUCAUGUGAUUACGUGUUAAUAAUAAACAUGAAAAAAUACGAGAUAGCUUAUUAUAAUUAAGCAUAAGCAAAGCGCGCGCAUCAAGUGCAAAAAAUAAUUUAUUCAAACCGUGCGUUCCGUCAAAACAACCGCGUACGAUCAAAACAAUAAUAUGCAAUAAUAUAUUCUCAUCUUUAAGGCGCAAAAAAGUUCAAAGUCCGGCUAAACAGUUCAAGGAAUUAUUCAGUCUAUGUCCGAAUCACUUUCGAUGAAAUGGAAUCGUCGUUUCCGAAGUUUAACCUUGUUUGUUUUUAAUUUCGGCGUUGGAUCGCUCGAGCAAAGUGUUAAGCUGGGUCGGCUCGUAAUUUUCGAUUUCCUUGGCAAUUCCUUUCUCUAAACACCACGUUUUCCAAACCGACAACCAAAAAGCCGUGCUUUUUACAGUGUUUUCGUUGUUUUAGCUGUUUUUCAGCCGCGGUGGCGAAAGAAUACCUAAAACGCCGGCCAUUGUUUCGCUUGCAAAAUUUUCAAAUUUUCAAAUUUUGUUGCGACAUCUAAGGCUCGCAUUUGAUUGGCUGUCUGUGAGUUUCUUUGAUUAUUGACCAAUCAGAACGUCUGAUUUAUUACUUUCUUUGCAAUGAAUUAACCCUCUUCUGCACUGAAUUACCUGAAAACUGCAUUUAUCUUAACCAAUCAGAACUGAGUAAUUUUUUCAUGUAUAUUGUUAUAAAAGUAACACGAUAACAGAUUGACUUAUCUAUUUCUGAAAACCAAAGCGUGCACUUUAACGCAAGAAGAUCGUUAGGAAAAUUAUAGAACCUUUUACUCCACAGCUCGCAUGCCCUCUAGGAAUUUAAGUUAAUUUCUUUGAAAACGCACGUUUAGGCCCCGCAACGGUUUGGAGUAAACUCCCCUUCCCCUCUUCCCCAACCCCUCGUUCUGAGAGACGUUGGACCUCUAGCCAACAUUAUAUCGGGAGAUGGAGAGGGAGAGGAGACCGACACAAAGAAACCAGCAACCGGACAGGGACAACUUAAGCGUUCCAAGACUCACGCCCUGGUCUUAGUAAUUCCGUUUCCAAUAAUUUGUUUUACAAUCCCCAUUUGGAGCGAGACACAGUUUGCUUGUUUUCUUGGGAGACGUUAUUAGUAAUGAAAAUGAUGGUUUUCUUGAUGUUUUAUUGUCGGACAUUAGUUCUAGCUGAUGCCAUUCUAAUCGCUUCUAGGUGGAACCUUGACAGAGAGAAUCUUUAACUUAGCAAGUGGGACGUCUAGCUUCACGCAAUCAGUACUCGACGCUAGGUAUGUUUCGUAAGCUGAGGUAUUUUACCAUAGUUCUUCUUUCAAAAAUUAUCACGUCCCGUUGGAGGCUUUUAACUGUUGGAGUUAUUUUGGCCACGUCAGUCUUAGGUAUUUUUCUCAGCUUCCGUCAAACUCCGCUUCUCAGACAGUCUGGACCUAGUCGCGAAUGUAAAACUUGGAAAGAAUCUCUACAGCACAAAACUACCCUGAUAACAAAGACUCCAUGUGCAAGGAACUACUUUCUUCUCAUCCUAGUUUCAUCUGCACCUGCAAACCAAGGUAGAAGAAAUCAUAUUCGUCAAACCUGGGGCACUGAUAACAACGUGUCUCCAAUGUGGAAGACACACUUUCUGAUUGCGCAAACAGAGAAUCAAACACAUUCAGAUUUUGUCCAUAACGAAGACAAAGUCUAUGGCGACAUAAUUCGCGCCGACUAUUACGAGAAUUACUGGAAACAGAGUUUUAAGGUUAUGAUGGCCUUUGAGUGGGCAUCGCGAUAUUGCAACUUCUCGUACCUCCUAAAGACAGAUGAUGACAUAUUGGUCAAUAUCGAAGACUUUAUUCAAUUUUUGCAGAAGAAAUCAACUCCAAAAAAAGAACUUUUCCUAGGGAAACUUCAUCACAACCCUAUCGUACGUCGAGAGGGAAAAUGGAACGUGAGUUACGAAGAGUACAACCACACUCACUAUCCAGAUUUCUGUAGUGGGGCCGGCUUUGUUAUGACCUAUGACGUUAUCGAGUGCAUUGUUCCCUUGUUCGACGUGAUUAAGCCGUAUAGGAUGGAUGAUGUGUAUGUAGGAAUGCUUGCCCAUGCAUCUGGCGUGAUAGCAGAGGAUCAUGUUGGGUUCUUUAUGCCAAUUGAUGAUUAUGACGACUGCAUUUUUAAACCAAAUGUUCUUCUGCAGCACAGAGCGACUGGACAGUGUUUAAAUAAAUUACUUCGUAUUCACAGUAAGGACUUUCUGUAUGGCAUAAAAUUGGGUUCAUUUUUUUGAUAAUUUGUCGAUUUAGUUAAUCAUCAUUUUGCUAGAAAAGAACAUAUGGGUACAAAGUAUUUGGUAACAGCUGUAUUGGCAGACGAUCGUGUGUCUUGUAGAACGAGCGAUUGGAGCAAUUUUAGGGUCUAUAUCCACCAGACCAUGGGUAAUCUUAGAGAACAGUAACAUAUCUAAGUACUCAUGCCAGUAGCUGAUGGGUAGUAAGGAAAGGCUUUCAGCCGUUGUUCAUAACUCUGGCAUAUCAGUCAGUAAUUGGCCAUCUCGACACAAACCCUAAUUAUCUUAUGUAUUCAAGCACAAGUGGCACUAAAUUGAUCGGAAUUCAUUGUAAGGUAGACUUUCAAAUGAGAACUUAAAUUUAUUACGAGUAAUGUUUGUUUUUGUGCACGAAAAUGCACACAAUACAAAUUAUCAGAACGUUCAGUCAGUAACGCUGGAGAAUUGAAGACUUUCGAAAAAUUAGGUUUUCAUGAAGUAUCACCCAAAGCUGCGUAUUAAAAAGUAUUUAUAUAAUAAGCUCAUUUAUGCACGCAUUCUGAUUGGUU